CGUCUAUAUCCUCAAGCCGUUUAUUUCCCGAUCCGGACUUUAUAUCUGUCUUUAAAAAUCGAGCAACGGGAAAAACACAAAACUGCCGAGCAAGCUGUGUAUGCUGGGAAAAUGUCAUUCUCGCGUUCAUACGGACAGACGGACAUACCGAUUGGAAAAAGAUGAACUGAACGAUAUGACCAAAGAGUUGGAUCAUCUGCGCAAGCAAUUCGACGACACGCGGAAUGCUCUAGAGCAGGAGACACUGUCGCGCUUUGAUUUGGAAAAUACCAUUCAGAGCUGUCAGUCAAGGAUCAGAUCCACUCACAGGAGAUCAAUGAGUCGCGCCGCAUCCGCCAGACAGAGAACAGCGAAAUCGACGAACGCCUCAGCCUCGACUAUGAUGGCAAGUUGACACAGUCGCUACAGGAGCUGCUUUCCAAGUAUGAGGAGCAGAUGCGAAUUAUCGAGUCGCUAUACGAGGAU